CUCGGCAUGUCGUCCAGCGGCGCCCUCAGCAACUACUUCGUGGACUCGCUCAUAGGCCAUGAGGGCGACGAGGUGCUGCUCGGCGCGCGCUUCGGGCCGCCGGGGCCGGGGGCGCAGGGCCGGCCCGCAGGUGUGGCCGACGGCCCGGCCGCCGCCGCCGCCGCCGCCGCCGAGUUCGCCUCGUGUAGUUUUGCCCCCAAAUCGUCCGUGUUCUCCGCCUCGUGGUCCGCGGUGGCCGCCCAGCCCCCGGCGGCGGCGGCGAUGAGCGGCCUGUACCACCCGUACGUGUCCCCGCCGCCCCUGGCCGCCGCCGCCGAGCCGGGCCGCUACGCGCGCUCCUGGCUGGAGCCGCUGCCCGGCUUCCCCGGCGGCGGCGGCGGCGGCGGCGGCGGCGGCGGAGGGGGGGGAGGAGGAGGCCCGGCUCCCGUCCCCAGCCCCGGCGGCCCGGCCAGCGGGCGCCACUACGGGAUUAAGCCUGAAACCGGAGCGGCCCCGGCCCCCGCCUCCGCCGCCACCUCCUCCUCCUCCGCCUCCUCGUCCUCCUCCUCCUCCAAACGGACUGAGUGCCCCGCGGCCCGCGAGUCCCAGGGGAGCGGCGGCCCGGAGUUCCCGUGCAACUCGUUCCUGCGGGACAAGGCGGCGGCGGCGGCGGCGGCGGCGGGAGGGAACGGGCCCGGGGUGGGCCUCGGGGCCGGGCCCGGGGCGGGAGGCUCGUCCGAGCCCUCGGCUUGCGCUGCCGCCGACCACCCGAGCCCGGGCUGCCCGCUGAAGGAGGAGGAGAAGCAGCCGCCGCAGCCGCCGCAGCAGCAACUUGACCCAAACAACCCCGCAGCGAACUGGAUCCACGCUCGCUCGACCCGGAAAAAGCGCUGUCCCUACACCAAAUACCAGACGCUGGAGCUGGAGAAGGAAUUCCUUUUCAACAUGUACCUCACCCGGGACCGGCGCUACGAGGUGGCCAGGAUUCUGAACCUCACAGAGAGACAAGUCAAAAUCUGGUUCCAGAACCGCAGGAUGAAAAUGAAAAAAAUGACCAAGGAAAAAUGCCCCAAAGGAGACUGA